CACGUCUCUACCUGGGAACCAACUGUGGUCACAACAUCCUCCCUGUUAAACACCAACGAUGACUUCCCCAGACUCUCCCCCUCUUGUCUCCCCAUCCCCAUGCCCUGCUCCCCCUCCAUCCCUCCCCUUCCCUGUUCCUUCCUCCCCAGCCCCGUCUUCCUCCUCCCUCCCCCCCCCGCCCUCCCUGCCUCCCACGGGUGAGGUGAUGGUGCUGGCUCUGGGCAGGAAGAAGCAGCGAGUCCUGAUAGCUCUCUCCAUCCUGCCCAACCUCUUCCUGGCCUUCCUGCUGUCUUCCGACCCCCUCAUCACCCUCUCCUCGCCCCACCACUGCCACCUGCCGGGGCCCUUACCGUCUCCCGAGGUGCUGAACGCCUCCCUGCCCUGGGAGAAAGGGGGGAGACCUGGGGAGAGCGGGGGCCUGUCUCACUGUAAGCAGUACCUCAACGGCAGCCAGUCAGCGGUGGUGGACUGCGAGGUCGGAUGGGACUACAACGUCACGGAAGGACUGAGGAACAACAUUGUUACUGAGUGGGAUCUGGUGUGUGGUCAGUACUGGCUGGUCCCAGUGGAGGAGGUGUGCUGCAUCCUGGGCAUCCUGACCGGCUGUCUGGGCCUGGGCUAUGCCGCUGACAGGCUGGGCCGGUCUAAGACUCUGCUGGCCUCUCUGACCCUGUCGGUGGUGUUCGGGGUGCUGGUGUGUGUCGCUCCGAGCCCCCCCAUCUUCAUCGUCAUGCGUUUCUGUUUGGCGGCAGCUAGUGCUGGAGUCUACCUCAUUCUGUACAUCACACGUCUGGAGCUGUGUGAGCCGUCUAUCAGGCUGCUGGUUACCAUGCUGGCCGGGCUGAUGACUGUUGCUGGAGAGCUGCUGCUGCUGGCCGUGGCUCUGGGCUGCCAGUCCUGGAGGGGCCUGCUGGGGGCCGGCGCCGCCCCCCUCACACUCUUCCUCAGUUACGGCAUUCCUGGGGUGUUCCCUGAGUCCCCUCGCUGGCUCCUUCUGUCAGAGAGAUCUGCAGACAUGAACUCCUUCACUGAGAGGAGGAACUCCAACAGGGACCUGAGGGAUGACGAGAGCUUCACAGAGCUGGACUCAGAGCCGGCCCCCUCCUCACGCCCCCACCUGUCCUACCCCGAGCUCUUCCACAGCAGGAACAUCUGGAAGAACAUGUGUGUGCUGGGCUUCACCUCUUUCAUCUCUCACGGCAUCAGUCACUGCUACAGCUCUUUCCGUGGAGACGUCAGAGGCACAGCCCCCAGCUUCUACUGGACGUACCUGCUGUCGGUGUGCGCGGGGGGCGGGGCCUGGCUGCUGCUCUGGGCCACGGUAGACAGGUUCGGUCGCCGCGGCAUCCUGCUCCUCGCCAUGACAAUGACGGGGCUGGCCUCUUUGAUCCUCCUGGGACUCAUGGAGUAUCUCAGUGAGACGGCCAUCACAGUCUUCUCAGUGCUGGGUCUCUUCUCCUCCCAGGCCACCGCCUCCCUCUGCAUCCUCUUCACUGCAGAGAUCAUGCCCACCGUCAUCAGGGGCAGUGGUGUGGGCAUAGUGCUGGCUCUGGGCUGCGUGGGCCGCCUCAGCUCCCCGCUCAUGGACCUGAGGAACCACUACGGGUACUUCCUGCACCACGUGGUCUACUCCUCCCUGGCCCUGCUGGCCGUGCUGUCCAUCCUGCUGCUGCCCGAGAGCAAGAGGAAGCCUCUGCCGCAGACGCUGGGCGACGGGGAGCAGUACCGGCGCCCCCCGCUGGGCAGGAGGAGGAGGGACAACGUGCCGCUGCUAGCCACGCCCAACCCAGAGACCUAAAACACUCCUGAAAAAGAGUAGGAUGGAUUCAAGUCACCCACUCUGCAGCUAGAACAUUCACAUCCAUCAUGCAGAGGAGGAGAGCUGCACAGAUGAUUGGACAAUGAGGGACGGUGAUCAGACUCUAAGCUUCCUAACAUAUCAUCCUCAAGUCAUUCCAGGCGGUUGGGUCGAGCUGCCAUUUCUUCUUCACCAUUCUCCUCUUCCUGCCAUUCACAUGUGUAGAUCUAACAGCGACACAUGCAGGGAGUCUCCAUCCUAAUCUCCAUGUGCACACCAGCAUACACUGCUGCAUCUGUGCGUCUGUUGUAGAGAUGUUAGCUGCUUGAUACGGCACUCCAGACCAGAGGGGGCCCGGAGAGUAGUCGGCAAAUUAUUCCUAGCAUUUGACGUAGAGCGUUUUUUGUCGUGUUUGAUGUGUACGACAACAGUAGAAGUGCUCGGAGGUGUGCAAAAUCAAAGCAGAGUCAGCUUUGUGUACUUUCCUGUGACACCUGUGGUAAAACUCUCCCAUGUGGCACUCCCAACAGGGGUGGGCCGCUGUUCUCCAACAUAUGUUGUUUGAGUGUUGGUGCCUUGUAAAUACUCUAGACCUAGUUUCUUUAACUUGUAGGGCAUCUGAGUUACAUUAAAGCAGACCCUGUAGCUGGAAACUGUACAGUACGCUGUACAGUGAAGAAGCGGUGCAGAGCACUUUGAGUUUUUAUUUUAAAGAUGGUGGAUAACUUGAGCAAAAUCUUCAAAUAUAAGGGACAGUUGUACGAACCAAUCAAUUUUGGAAUGAGGGUGAAUAACUCUCAACAAAAAAGGCCUUAAAACAGAAAAGAGUUCAAACUGUGUAAACCAAUUCUUUGGUCUGGCCUGGAGCCAGCAAUAUUUAUGUCUUAUUUAUGUUGUUAUUAAUCUUAAUCAGUAAAUUAUCCAGAGGCCUAGCAUUUUUAAGUAUUAAGCUAAAGAUUGUUAAAUUGGGUUGGCUGCAAACUGUCACAACAUUCCUCUCUGCAUGUCCGGGAGCACUGCAGGGCUUUUUUCUGUAUUUCCUCAGAAGCUAAUAGUUAUUUAAUACCUCUCUAGAUGACCAGCUGUAAAAGAAUAGACGGGUAUGAACAGUAGAAGUUUAAAUAUGACUUCUAUAACCAGGCACAUAUAUUGUAUGUCAGCACUAAAAUGUGUACGUUUUGAAAGAGGUCAUCGGUUAUCUUGCCUGAAUGUUUAUCGAUGCUGGAGAAAGGGCCCGGUGAUUAUGCUCAAUGGGAGCUGAAGAGGGCCCUAGAGCUCCAAAUGAACCCCCGACUCCUCAACCACGCACCGAGGAAAUACUUUCUCUUAUGGCUUUUUUAUUUUUGAGUGUGCUGGCUGAUGUUGCACAUGGUUACAUCAUGACGGAGAAUUACCAAAGCAUGGCCAUUUUAGUGCUUCACAAAAAUAUCCCAAUGUAUGCUUGUGUUCUUGGGUAAUUAUUUUCCUGGGUGCGUGAUUUUUAAGAGGAAGCGGGAGUAAUUUGGACUCUGACGUAAAGGAUUUACUAAAAGUAAUUAUGAAGGACACUUUAGCUGAUGGCUUCUUCCUCCGUCAGCCUUUCUGUCAAUUUUCUUCCCCUCUUUGUAUGUUGCACUCGACAAGUCCUAACACGUAUACACUGAUAAUUGUUAUCACUAUGUUUUACUUGACUCGAGUAGUAUUAUGUCUGACACCACUGAUGACCUGUUAAAUGAUGAGUGUUAUGCAGUUAACUAUAUAACCUGAUUUAAUGUAAAAAUAAAAUUGGUUGAAUAAACGAGA